AUGGAGAAAACGUCUCUCAAGCUUGUCUUCUUGUUCUCCCUCACAAUCAUAUUAUUUUGUAUUUCAUCUUUGGGUGAUGCGAGAGAGAUGGUGAAUUGCCUUGGUGGUUACUGCUUGCUGCAAGUAGCACAUACAAUGGACAUUUAUGAGACCAAUGCAUCUUGCCAUAGCGACAAUGACUGCAUCCAGUAUUGUCCUAAGGGCUGCAAGAUUGUUAAUUGUAAUUUUGGAACUUGUUUCUAUAAGUGUUAA